CCCAGUGAUCUAGGAAAAAGAGUGCAAAUGUUGUGGCGAAAGCAAAAAUGUCUGAUGCUAAUGGCAGUACUGAUUCUGAGCCUCUCAGUUUUUUUCCUUGAGGCAGUUCCUAAAGGUAAUGCAGUCCAAGCUGGUAGACUUAUCAUGGGCUCCAGCAGAGCUACAAAUGAACCCAAGGAUGAUCUUGUCAAGAGGAUACAUGAUGAACAUGCUGGAGAUGCCAAUGGGUACCAAUCUGAUCAACCAGAGUUAACAGAAGGGUCCAAACUGGCCAAGUUAAUGCAAAGGCACUGGAGUCCCUCAGUGUGGUGUGAUGGUGAUUCAAUGACCCUGCAAAUUCAGGGAAAUCAAGUACCCAACUUCUUGGUUGAGACAAGUGAGGAGGGCCUAGUACCACUAUCCCAAAUGCCGUCCCACUGUGGCUUUUCGUUGAGGAGGGCCCACAGAGAGGUUGCACUCAUUGCCAAGUAUGCUGGCUGUAACGUUGCACAGCAGGGGAAUAGCUACAUCCUGCCGUUAUGGGUUUCUGGAGUUGCUGUGAAGAUGGUCUGUCCUGUGGCUUGUCCUCUCACUGUCUCCUGUAGCCCUUCAGCUAUGGUUGUCAAUCUUGGUGUGUCUACAGCUGCUCUCAGGCUGAAGGUGAAUGGUGUGUGGCAACCUGUGUACCAAGCUUCCACCUGUGGCUUUACCUUGGAAGUUGUGGGAGGUGGACUGACCCUAACUGCACCAUAUGCAAGCAACUGUUGGCAACUUGAGGGUGCCAAGAUGCUUUUGUCUGUGCAAUACAUGGAUAGGGAGUUGACCUUGUCCUGCCCAGCUGUUCAGCCCCCAGCUACUACUCCUUUACCUGCUCACAUGGAUCCAGAAGCUUCCACAGAUGCCCCCGUGACUACCUUGGCUACGACGGUUGCACCAGCUAGUGCUUAUCAGCUGCCUUUCUAUCCUUGGUUACGUGGACUGUAUCCUUAUGGUUAUGGAAUGCCAUGGAAUUUCCAAAAUGGUCAUCUGCGAACUCCCCCAGUUACCCACACCACUACGACUACUCCAGCUGCUGCUACGACUACUCCAGCUGCUGCUACGACUACUCCAGCUGCUGCUACGACUACUCCAGCUGCUGCUAUGACUACUCCAGCUGCUACAGUUGCACCAACUAGUGGUCAGCUGCCUUUGUAUCCUUGGUUAUCUGGCAUGUAUAAUCCUUAUGUUUAUGGUAUGCCAUGGCGUUUUCAACAUAGCCAGCCUGGAACUCCCCCAGUUACCCAGACCACCACAACUACUCCAGCUGCCACAGUUGCACCAGCUAGUGCUGGUCAGCUGCCUUUGUAUCCUUGGUUAUCUGGAAUGUAUUAUCCUGGUGGGCAUGGAAUGCCAUGGAAUUUCCAAUAUGGCCAUCCUGCAACUCCCCCAGUUACCCAGACCACCACAACUACUCCAGCUGCUACUACGACUACUCCAGCUGCUACAAUUACCACAGUUGCACCAGCCAGUGCUGAUCGGCCACUCUGGUAUCCUUGGUUACCUGGAAUGUAUAAGCCUUAUGUCCCUAUGGGUUCACCUGGUGCUCCAGUGUCUGGCCCUAACAGUGGGGUUAAAAAGCAGAUGUACCAAAUGCCCUGGAUGAAUGCCUUUUCCCAAGUACCUGGCUUGAAAUCAAAUGCCAGGCUCUCCAGUGGUUAACCUAUCAAAAUUUGUCAGAUCCUGCUCACUUUUCUCCACUACAGGUCAAAGCACAUCCAGGAAAAUGAGCAAUACUAUACUGUGGUUAUCAAAUGGCGGUGGUGAUGGAUCAAUAAAAACAAAUUCAAAAUGG